GAAGAAAGCUAAGACUGCAGAAAAGAGUGAAGAAAAGACUAAAAAGGAAGUGAAAGGUGGAAAACAGGAGAAAGUGAAGCAAACAGCUGCAAAAGUAAAAGAAGUACAAAAAACACCAUCAAAACCCAAAGAAAAGGAGGACAAAGAGAAAACAGCUGUGUCAAAGCAUGAACAGAAAGAUCAGUAUGCAUUCUGUCGAUAUAUGAUUGACAUGUUUGUCCAUGGGGAUUUAAAACCAGGACAAAGCCCAGCCAUUCCACCUCCAUUACCGACAGAACAAGCUUCCAGACCCACCCUGGCAUCACCUGCCCUUGAAGAAAAAGAAGGGGAAAAGAAGAAGGCUGAGAAGAAAGUUACUCCUGAAACAAAAAAGAAAGGUAAGAAAUUUAAAAACCGUGUACCACAUAAAUCAAUUAGUGUCCAUGCUUAAUACUACUGGUAAAUC